AUGGCUCCUGGAUUACGUGCGUUGUUCCACCAAGAGCGGUUUUAUCUGGACACACUUACCAACGCCAAGCAGUUUGUGGAGGCCUACAAAGAGGCUCAGCAUAGUGGACAACUAGCGGGAUGGAAGCAGCGAAUCGACGGUCUUGAUGACAAAUUCCAUGCUAACCGUCUUGCCAUCGAACUGUCGCUGGACGAUGAUACGGACAAGGCGACGAAGAAGACCGAUGAUGCAGCUGCGCAAGCUACAGAGGAAGCCGACAAGGAUGCUUCUGAAGAAAGCAAUCGACUUAUACGCAAGAAAUUCGAACUGGACUACGUUCUUGUGUAUAGCUUUCUGGUCAACGAGAUCCAGAAACAAACCAUAGUCCCCCAAGCGAACGUCGACCCUGUCUCACCUGGGCGCUCGCGAGUCAAGCUUCCUGACGUCACACUUCCCAUGUUUGAUGGUUCGAUCUUGGAAUGGAUCACAUUUCGUGAUUCAUUCAAAUCACUGAUUCACUCUAACGUCGAGCUGUCGCCUUUCGACAAAUUCAUGUAUUUGAUAGGAUCGAUGACGCCGAAGGCGAGGGAGAGGAUUGACAACAUCGAUGUUAGUGCUGCUAACUAUCCUAUCGCCUGGCAGGCACUGGAAGAGUUGUUUGAAAACAAGAAGCUUAUUUUUAAGGCGUACAUGGAUGCUCUCUUUGCGAUCGAGCCGAUGCGCAAGGAAUGUUACGAGUGCCUGGCGCAGCUAGUCGACGGCUUUGAGCGUAACCUGAACAUGAUAAAGAAGUUGGACAUCUCAACGGACGGUUGGGGCGCGGUUCUGGGUCACAUGGUAUGCUGUCGACUUGAUCAUUCUACAUUGAAGCAGUGGGAGUCACACUAUCGUUCCACUGAAGUUCCGGAAUACAAUGACCUGAUGGCGUUCCUGCGUGGUCAACUUUCCGUCCUGCAGUCAUUGCCAUCGUCGAAAUCGGAGUCUCACAAACACGAACACCGAUCGCUGACCCCAAAGACCACCUACGCUGUCACUAGUCCAGCGACCAGCUUGUGUCCGUUUUGUUCGCAGCCAUCCCACUCGCCUUUCAAAUGUGACUACUUUCAAGGCUUGUCAGUUUCGCAACGCCUUGACUUGGUGAGGACGAGGAAUCUCUGCCUAAACUGCUUAUCUCCAGAACACAUGGUGCGUAAAUGUCCCUCCGGUACAUGCAGGGUCGAAGGAUGUCACCGCAUGCAUCACACUAUGCUCCACCUAUCUUCGAACGAACGAUCGUCCACUCCAACCAGCCCAGCAAAUUCUCGCUCGAAUUCGCCCCACCAGUCCUACCCACAACCUUACUCGUCAUCACCGCCACCGCCUGAGUCCCAGCAUCCACUAGCCACUAGCCUCGUGUCCACCAACGUUGUCGGAGCUCGGAAGUUUCCUGCCACUGUGCUGCUGCAGACGGCUAUCGUCAAGGUGCUAAAUUCUCGAUCCCAACACCAGUCGGCUCGAGCCCUCCUAGAUCCAGCAUCGCAAUUAAACCUGAUUUCUGAAGAUCUAGUCCAGAAAUUAAAGCUGCGCCGCUACCCGUGCCACCAGCCGAUUGGUGGAGUCGGUAACUCAACCGUCAUUUCGUCUCACGCUGUUCACAUUGCACUGGGAUCUUACACGAACACGAACUUCAGGGCUGUACAAACCUUCCACAUUCUGGAGAAGAUCACCCAAGAUCUUCCAUCUAGAAUUAUCGACACCUCUUCGUGGAAACUACCAACUAACGUCAACUUAGCAGACCCAAGGCUUGCUGAACCCAGAUCAGUAGAUCUACUUAUCGGCAUGGAACUCUACUUCGACCUACUGCUUGAUGGAUUCAUCAAACUGGGAUCUGAGAAGCCGAUCCUUCAGAACACCGUUUUCGGUUGGGUUGCAUCAGGAAAAAUCCGUUCAGGCCGACCGGAAAGGGCUCCGAAGCUUGCCCAUGUGUCUUAUCAUCAGCAAAAUACACAACUCGAAUCAUCAAGGUGGAUCACUGCCGCUGACAUGCGACACCACGUAGCUAUGCGUCGUGGCGUGUCCAGCAGUUAUUUCGACCCAAUCGGACAGGGAGGCGCUGCCCGAUAA